AUGGCAACCUCCAACAGAACUUUCAAAGGCAGAGAAGUGGAUAGUUUGUCAAAGUUCCCAGUCCUGCCACCAAUUGACACAAAGCAGGUCGACGCUGUCAAGGAGACAUGCAUGUUGAUUGAUCAGAAACUUCAGAAGCGUCGAAAAAAGAAAAUGCAAAACGACCAACGCCGAUUGUUAUUGGUGUCCAGGGCAAUGGAUGCCUGCAGGCAGGGCUUGGACAGGGAACCCGAGAUCUCAUCACCAGAGCCACACUUUCCACCUUCAAUGAUCAGUGAAGACCAGAAGGAACGGAUGAAUUAUGCAUUCUUAAAGAAACGUGUGGAAAGUGGUCCAUUUGCUCCAAUUCAACAAGAGUGUCUUGACUCCAUCACUGGCCGACUCUUGCCAGAGCUUAAAAAUACUACAAGAACACGGGUACUGUUACAGGAGCUCUGCACAGAAGUGAGUGAGGACUUCCAUAACGCAAUUGUCAAGCAUACAGUGGGCUCAGUUUUAAAAGAACCACACAAACAGAAGACUGAGAGACAGGAAGUUACUCCCCCUGAAAUUCUGGAUUUCUCACAACCUUGGCACAAAAGCUUUGUCCAAAGCCACAGGAAAAUCAAAGCAAAUUUGCACAUUCUUCAUCCAGUAAUGCAAAUAAUAUUGGACAUCAGUUAUGCCACAUUUUCUCCAAUAGUCUUAGUUGAUCUGUCAGGAUACAGAGCUUCAGGGCCCGUGGACUGUAAAAGCUUACACAAUAAAGUGGCACUGGAAUGCAAGAGAACAGAAGACCGUAUAAUGAACACUUGGUUUCCUAAAAUUAUCCAUCUGCUAACCUCAAAAGACAUGGUAAAGGGCAUUAAAGAAGAGAAAUUGGACUCUUUUUACAACUGUGCAUCCACUCUUAUGUCCAAUAUGCUUAAAUCCCUGCUUCAUACAAGUGUAGAACAAUAUGUCAGUCUAUUUGAUGAAAAGAAUCAGCACAACCUGCCUUUGUUCAGAAUGUCUCUGACAUUUGAUGAUGAAAAGAUGGAGAUUUACCCAACCUUGCCAGAUCUAGGGGAAGCCAUUUUUGGGAUUCUUAAUUCAAUAACAAGUACACUGCAGAAAGUACAGACUGUCCAAUCGUGGUUAGCUCAGUCAACAUCUUCAUUUGUGGACGCUAAAGUGGCUGAACAUAUUUUGGGUAGUGCCAAUGCCAUAUUGAAGACAGCUGUAGAAAAAAAUUUAGAGGAACCAGACAAACAUUUCCAGAGUUACGUUGAAAAAUAUGCAUGGCUUGUUAAUGGAACUGCACAAACGCAAGUGAUAGUAUUCAUAGAGGAAGAGCACUCUUUUAAAGAAUAUACUCAGAAAGUGGAGGAGUUCCGUCAUUUGUCCAAAGAGAUUAUCGACCUUCCAACCAAAGCCCAUUUCACAAUGGUCCAUCUGGAUUGUGAAGAACUAAAACAGGGUCUGGCCAACAAAGCUAAACACUUUGCUGAAGUACUCAUCAAGAAACUAGUUAACAAUCACAGAGUGCUUAAUUUGGAGAUUUGUUCAGAAUUUGAAGCAAUCCAGAAGAAUGCUCAGAAAGUACCAGAGAGCACAGAAGAGAUGACUGAAAUGAUUGAAUACAUCAACUUUACAAAAACAACAGGUCUCUCACAACUGCAGAAGAAAAUAUUUGAAUCCCUUAAAAGACUACUAUACCUUCUGGAUGUCCAAAUAUUUGAGCCUGAUGAUUUGGAACUUUGUGCAACUGUAUUUCUGUGGCCACAAAACAUCAUACAGGCAUUUGAACUUAAUGAUGAGGUGAUCGAGAAAGCUAAACAUAAAGGAGAACAUGAGCUGAUUGCCAGAAGAGAAAAACUAUUGGUAGAGCUGGCUAAAUUAGCCCACAGAAUUCUGGACUUCCCAGAAUGUUCAGAGCUGGAUCUGAUUCCACAGUAUGUGGCAGAUAUCAGGACUGUUCAGAAACUGAUCAGGGAGGCAGAGGAAGCUAUAGAAUACAUCAAUAAAGAAGAAACGCUUUACAAAAUGGAGCAAACCAGUUACCCAGAAGUGACUGUUAUUAAAGAGAGCAUUGAACCUUACCAGAAACUGUUUGGGCUUGUGCUGAAAUGGCAGCGCACUGAAAAAAGAUGGAUGGAUGGAUCUUUCCAGGGCCUGAACGGAGAAAGCAUGGAGGUGGAGGUUGAUGAAUUCUUCAGGGACAUUUUCAAGAUGUUAAAGUUUUUCCAACAGAGACAGAGUAAAGUUGGACAAGAGGGUGAGAAGAAACCAAAACAAAAGCCUGGUCAUGAAGAUUCAAGCAAACAAGAGAGUCCCACUGUAACUUUGUGCCGUACUGUAUUACAAGAGAUCAAAGAGUUUAAGGAGCAUGUACCUCUUGUGUCUAUUCUGUGCAAUCCGGGCAUCAGACAACGCCACUGGGACCAAAUGUCAAAAAUCGUAGGACAUGACCUUACUCCAGACUCCGGUACAACACUACGAAAAAUCCUGAAACAAAACCUUGCCUCAUACCUAGACAAUUUCGAGUCUGUCAGUGCAGCUGCUAGUAAAGAGUUUUCACUUGAGAAAGCCAUGCAGACUAUGGUUACCAUAUGGGAUGGUGUUGCGUUCCACCAUCAGCCCUACAGAGACAUUGGUGUAUCUAUUCUAACGUCACUGGAUGAGAUUCAAACUAUGCUGGAUGACCAAAUAGUUAAGACUCAGACAAUGAGGGGCUCACCAUUUAUUAAGCCGUUUGAGCAUGAAAUCAAGAGUUGGGAAAAACGGCUGCUUCGUAUCCAAGAAACCAUUGAUGAGUGGCUAAAAGUGCAGGCCCAGUGGCUUUACCUGGAACCCAUUUUCUCCUCUCAGGACAUCAUGCAUCAGAUUCCAGAGGAGGGACGGCUUUUCCAAACUGUCGACAAAGUCUGGAAAGAGGUCAUGAGACACUGUGUCAAGGACCCUAAGAUCCUAUCAGCAACAUCACUGCCUGGUUUACUUGAGAAGCUACAGGAAUCCAAUACUCUACUGGACACUAUUAUGAAAGGUCUAAAUGCGUAUCUUGAAAAGAAGCGGCUUUUCUUUCCAAGGUUCUUUUUCUUGUCAAAUGAUGAAAUGUUGGAGAUUUUGUCAGUGACCAAGGAUCCCUUACGAGUUCAGCCACAUCUCAAAAAGUGUUUUGAGGGUAUCUCUAAACUGGAUUUCUUACCCAAUUUGGAUAUCCAGGCCAUGUACAGCAAUGAAGGGGAGCGUGUUGCCCUUGUUCAGAACAUUUCCACGGUGGAGGCCAAGGGGGCAGUGGAGAAGUGGCUGGUGCAGGUAGAGGAUGUGAUGCUGCGCAGCGUCAGGGAUGUGAUUGCUCAAUCGAGAGAAGCCUAUGCUGAAACCAACCGCAGCCAGUGGGUGAGGGAGUGGCCUGGACAAGUGGUCCUUUGUACUUCACAAAUCUUUUGGACAUUGGAAGUACAUGAAGCUAUUAGAGCAGGGGUUUUAAAAAAGUACUAUGAGCAGCUCCAAAGUCAGUUGAAUGACAUUGUGGAGCUUGUGAGAGGAAAACUGACCAAACAAACUCGAACCACUCUGGGAGCACUGGUCACAAUAGAUGUACAUGCCAGAGAUGUCAUUAUGGAGCUCAUUGAGAAAGGUGUAUCAAAAGAUACAGAGUUCCAGUGGCUGGCCCAACUCAGGUACUACUGGACCAAUAACAAUGUGCGUGUUAGAAUCAUCAACUGUGAUGUCAAGUAUGCUUAUGAAUAUCUGGGCAACUCUCCACGUUUGGUCAUCACUCCUCUGACGGACAGAUGCUACAGAACUUUGAUUGGGGCUUUCUACCUAAACCUGGGUGGUGCUCCUGAGGGCCCAGCUGGAACAGGGAAAACCGAAACCACAAAGGAUUUGGCCAAAGCUCUAGCAGUUCAGUGUGUUGUGUUUAACUGUUCAGAUGGAUUGGAUUAUCUUGCAAUGGGCAAGUUUUUCAAAGGUCUGGCAUCAUCAGGUGCAUGGGCAUGUUUUGAUGAGUUCAAUCGAAUUGAGUUGGAAGUGCUUUCUGUCGUUGCUCAACAAGUGCUGUGUAUUCAGAGAGCCAUUGAGCAGAAGCUGGAGUAUUUUGAUUUUGAAGGAACAACACUCAAACUCAAUCCCAACUGCUUUGUGUCCAUCACCAUGAACCCAGGCUAUGCAGGGCGCUCUGAACUACCAGACAACCUUAAGGUUUUAUUCCGAACUGUUGCCAUGAUGGUUCCAAACUAUGCUUUGAUUGCUGAGAUCUCUCUGUAUUCGUACGGAUUUCUGAAUGCCAAACCACUGUCAGUCAAGAUAGUAAUGACCUACAGGCUGUGCUCAGAACAGCUUUCCUCUCAGUUCCACUACGACUAUGGCAUGAGGGCUGUGAAAGCUGUACUUGUAGCAGCUGGAAAUCUCAAACUGAAGUAUCCAAAUGAGAAUGAAGAUAUACUCCUCCUGAGGUCUAUAAAAGAUGUUAAUGAGCCUAAAUUUCUGUCCCAUGAUAUUCCUCUGUUCAAUGGCAUUACCAGUGAUUUGUUUCCUGGAAUCUCCCUUCCGGAGGCUGACUAUAAGUUGUUUUAUGAAGCUACUGAAGAGUGCUGCAAAAGCCACAAUGUCCAACCUACUCAAGUGUUUUUAGAUAAGAUCAUUCAGACCUACGAGAUGAUGAUUGUGAGACAUGGUUUCAUGUUGGUUGGAGAAUCUUUUGCAGGAAAGACCAAAGUUCUGAACGUUCUAGCAGACACACUGACUCUCAUGAAUGAACAGGGUCGUGGGGAGGAGAAGGUCAUUUACAGGACAAUGAACCCCAAGUCCAUCACUAUGGGACAGCUCUUUGGGCAAUUUGAUUUGGUUUCCCAUGAGUGGACAGAUGGUAUUGUGGCUAAAACGUUUAGGGAAUUUGCAUCAGUUGAGACACCAGAUCGUAAAUGGGUGGUGUUUGAUGGGCCCAUAGAUACUCUGUGGAUUGAGAGCAUGAACACAGUACUUGAUGAUAACAAAAAGCUGUGUCUCAUGAGUGGUGAGAUUAUUCAAAUGUCCAAUCAGAUGAGUCUUAUCUUUGAGGCUAUGGAUCUUUCACAAGCUUCUCCUGCUACAGUCAGUAGAUGUGGUAUGAUUUAUAUGGAGCCUUCUCAGUUAGGGUGGGAGCCUUUAGUUCUUUCUUGGAUCAAUACUCUGCCAGAGGACUUACGAAGUCCAGAGAGCCGGACCCUUCUGUUAGAACUAUUCCAUUGGCUUUUACCAGCUGCCCUGAGAAUGCUGCGCAAAUACUGUAAGGAGGUUGUCCCGACUAGUAACAGUAACAGUGUGACGUCACUGUGUCGGCUGUUUGAAAUGUUGCUAUCUGAACCUGUUAAGACAAGCCCUGGAGACAAAAUCCUUCAUGUUUGGAUCAUGGCUGCCUUUGCCUUCUCCCUGGUGUGGUCAGUAGGGGGAAGUUGUGAUGCACAGAGCAGAGAGAAGUUUAGUGAUUUCUUUAGAUCAGUAUUAACAGGAAAGACAGGCAAAAACCCUAUCCCUGAGGCUAUAGGGAAAUGGGAAUGUCCACUGGAUGAAAAAGGUCUAGUUUACGACUACUAUUAUCAGUUUAAAGGUAAAGGUCGCUGGGUUCACUGGAAUGACUGCAUCAAGAAUGUCAACUUGGGGGACAAAAAUACCAAAGUACAAGAGAUAAUUGUUCCCACAAUUGACACUAUCCGUUAUACAUACCUUAUGGAUCUAUGCAUCACGUAUGGAGUGCCUAGUUUGUUUGUUGGCCCCACUGGGACUGGGAAGUCUGUGUAUAUCAAAGACAAACUGUUGAACAAUCUGGACAAAGAUCUCUAUCUACCCUUUUUUAUCAACUUUUCAGCGCGUACGAGUGCCAAUCAGACACAAAAUAUCAUCAUGUCCAGAUUAGAUAAACGAAGGAAGGGAGUCUAUGGGCCCCCUAUGGGAAAGAAGUGCAUAAUAUUUAUCGAUGAUGUGAAUAUGCCAGCUCUGGAACAAUUUGGAGCACAACCACCAGUAGAACUUCUCAGACAGUUCAUGGACCAUGGAAACUGGUAUGAUCUCAAGGACACGUCCAGGAUCUCCCUAGUUGACGUUCAGUUUAUCUCUGCAAUGGGUCCCCCUGGUGGAGGGAGAAAUGCUGUUACAUCUCGCUUCCUUAGACACUUCAACAUAUGCAGUAUUAACGCCUUCAGCGAUGCCACAAUGGUUCGCAUAUUCUCCAACAUAGUGUCCUUUUAUCUAAAAAACUAUGAGUUUGCCCCUGAAUAUUUCACCAUUGGCAAUCAAAUUGUCACAGCCACUUUGGAGGUUUACAAGAAAACCAUGGAAAACUUGCUUCCUACUCCAGCAAAGUCUCAUUACACUUUUAACCUGCGUGACUUCUCCAGAGUCAUCCAGGGCUGUCUACUGCUGAAGAAAGAGUCGCUUGAAAGCAAACGAACUAUGAUCCGCUUGUUUGUUCACGAGGUAUUUCGAGUCUACUAUGACCGUUUGGUAGAUGACAAUGACCGUGCCUGGCUUUACCAGCUAAUGAGCAACAUCCUUCAAAAUAACUUCAAAGAGUCAUUUGAUCAAGUCUUUGAACAUCUAAAAACAGGCAAGCAACUUGUGGAAGAGGACAUGCGUAAUCUUUUGUUUGGAGACUACAUGACCCCUGACCUGGAAGAUGAUAACCGUCUGUAUGCUGAAAUACUAUCAGUGGACAGUUUUGCUCAGGUGGUGGAGUCCUGUCUGGUAGAAUACAACCAGAUGAACAAGAGCCGCAUGAACCUUGUUAUCUUUCGUUAUGUUUUAGAGCACCUGUCUCGCAUCAGUCGUGUAUUAAAGCAGCCUGGAGGAAAUGCUUUGCUGGUGGGUUUGGGAGGCAGUGGCCGACAGUCCAUAACCCGUCUGGCCUCUUUUAUGGCCCACAUGACCAUGUUUCAGCCUGAAAUCUCCAAGAGCUAUGGCAUGACCGAGUGGAGGGAUGAUCUCAAGAUGCUGAUGAAAAAUGCUGGGGUGAAAGGUCAGAAGACAGUGUUCCUCCUCACAGAUACUCAAAUCAAAGAUGAAGCAUUUCUUGAGGAUGUAGACAGUGUUCUGAACACCGGAGAGGUUCCUAACCUCUUUGCUGUAGAUGAAAAGCAAGAGAUCAUGGAGACCAUACGGCCUAUUGCUCAGGCUGGUAACAAAAACGUGGAACUGAGUCCUUUGACUCUGUUUGCCUUUUUUAUUGCACGCUGCAGAGAAAACCUGCACAUUGUGGUAGCCUUCAGCCCAAUUGGAAAUGCAUUCCGAAACAGAUUACGGCAGUUUCCAUCUCUCAUUAACUGCUGCACUAUUGACUGGUUCCAGCCAUGGCCAGAAGAGGCUCUUGAGAGAGUAGCCAUCUCAUUCCUGAAGACACUAGAAAUGACUGAAACAGAGAGAUGUGAGGUUAUACCAAUAUGUAAAACAUUCCACACUUCUCUAAAGCAGCUCUCUGAUAGAUUUCUGUCAGAACUUGGCCGCUAUAAUUAUGUGACAUCAACAUCCUAUUUGGAGCUCAUGGCGACUUUCCGACUGCUACUUACUGACAAAAGAGAUAUUGUUAUGAAGGCAAAGCAACGUUAUACUAAUGGUCUGGAUAAACUAGCUUAUGCUGAAUCUCAGGUGGGAGAAAUGAAACAGGAACUUAUGGACCUACAGCCCAAACUGGAACAAGCCAGAAUUAACAAUACCAAAAUGAUGAAGGUUAUUGAAGCCGAGUCAGUAGAAGUGGAAGCCAAGAGUAAAAUUGUUCGUGUUGAUGAGGAAGCAGCAACUGUAAAAGCGAAUGAGGCCCAAGCUUUAAAGAAUGAGUGUGAGAGUGAUUUGGCUGAAGCCAUCCCUGCCCUAGAGGCUGCUCUUUCAGCCUUAGACACUUUGAAGCCUUCUGAUGUCACUAUUGUGAAGUCAAUGAAAAACCCUCCAUCAGGAGUGAAGCUUGUGAUGGCUGCUGUGUGUGUAAUGAAGGAUAUAAAGCCAGAUAAAGUCGCUGACCCUGCUGGAACUGGAAAGAAGAUUUUUGACUACUGGGGACCAAGUAAGAAGCUACUGGGUGAUAUGAAUUUUUUACGAGAUCUAAGAGAGUAUGACAAGGACAAUAUUCCGGCAACUGUGAUGCAAAAGAUUCGCAGUGAAUACAUGACUAAUCCCGACUUUGACCCCAGUAUAGUGGCAAAGGCAUCUUCAGCAGCUGAGGGCCUUUGUAAAUGGAUAAAAGCAAUGGAAGUGUAUGACAGAGUGGCUAAGGUUGUAGCUCCAAAAAAGGCCAAUCUGGCAGUAGCCCAGGAGUCUCUUGCAGCCACUAUGGCCCUGUUAGACCAGAAGAGAGCAGACCUCAAAGAGGUGGAGGAUCAUUUGGCUGCUCUUAAAAAAACAUUUGAAGAAGAGACAGAGAAAAAGGCACAAUUAGAGUUCCAGGUAGAUUUGUGUGCAAGGAAACUGGAGAGAGCCGAAAAGCUUAUUGGUGGUCUCGGAGGAGAGAAGACAAGGUGGCGUAAAGCAGCGGAUGACCUGCAGAGGACAUAUGACAAUCUGACUGGGGAUGUCCUCAUUUCGGCUGGUGUCAUUGCUUAUCUGGGAGCCUUUACAGCAGGCUUCAGACAGCACUGUACAAAAGAAUGGACUAACCUCUGCAAAUCAAGAAAUAUUCCCUCAUCUGAUGAGUUUUCCCUCAGUAAAACUCUAGGCGAUCCAAUUAAGAUCAGGGCUUGGAAUAUUGCAGGCCUUCCUAAUGACAGCUUUUCAAUUGACAAUGGCGUUAUCGUCAGUAAUUCAAGAAGAUGGCCUUUAAUGAUUGAUCCUCAAGGCCAGGCCAACAAGUGGGUAAAGAAUUCAGAAAAGGACAACAACUUGAGUGUCAUGAAACUGACAGAUACAGAUUAUAUGAGAACGUUGGAAAAUUGUGUCCAGUUUGGGACACCACUCUUGCUUGAAAAUGUGGGAGAAGACCUCGACCCUUCAUUGGAACCACUGCUCCUCAAGCAGACAUUCAAACAAGGAGGUGUUGACUGUAUCAGACUUGGAGAGAGUGUGAUUGAGUACUCUUCAGAUUUUCGUUUCUACAUCACUACUAAACUAAGAAACCCUCACUACCUACCUGAACUAUCCACCAAAGUGUCUCUGCUCAAUUUCAUGAUAACCCCUGAAGGCUUAGAGGACCAACUUUUGGGGAUUGUGGUUGCCAAGGAAAGACCAGAGCUCGAGAAGGAAAGGAAUGAUUUAAUCUUACAAUCGGCAGCCAAUAAAAGACAGCUGAAGGAAAUUGAAGACAAAAUACUGGAAACAUUACAGUCCUCUAAGGGGAAUAUCCUGGAAGAUGAGUCUGCAAAUCAGAUUUUAGACUCUGCUAAGAUAGUGUCCAAUGAGAUAACAAAGAAACAACAGAUUGCCGAGAAAACAGAGGUCAAAAUAGCAGAAUCGAGAGAAGGCUACAGACCAAUAGCGAAGCAUUCAUCUACAUUGUUCUUCAGUAUUGCUGACCUGACCAAUAUAGACCCCAUGUACCAGUAUUCUCUUAGCUGGUUUGUCAACCUGUACAUUAAUUCUAUCCAAGACAGCAAUAAGUCCAAGAUACUGGAGAGGCGUCUUCGGUACCUUAUUGAUCACUUCACCUACAAUUUGUACUCCAAUGUCUGCCGCUCAUUAUUUGAGAAAGACAAACUUCUUUUUUCAUUCCUUCUCUGUUGUAACUUACUCUUGGCAAAGAAUGAGAUUGAAUACACAGAGUUUAUAUUUUUGCUGACUGGAGGAGUAGGCCUACAAAACAUCAUUCCGAACCCUGACUCCACUUGGCUUCAGGACAAAAGUUGGGAUGAGAUCUGCAGAGCCGAUGAACUCCCAGGCUUACAGGGCAUAAAAAAUGCUUUAAUCAAGGACCCAGGGGAAUUCAAGGCGAUAUAUGAUAGCAAAGAUCCAGCAAACACCCCCCUGCCUGCACCAUGGUGUGAAAAACUCAAUGAGCUUCAGAAGAUGAUCAUAAUUCGCUGUCUACGGCCUGAUAAGAUAGUGCCGGCUAUUACCAAAUAUGUGACUGUCAAACUGGGGAAGAAAUUUGUCCAACCACCGCCUUUUGACCUGAGUAAAAGUUACCAAGACUCUAACGCCACCAUUCCACUUGUGUUUGUUCUGUGUCCUGGAGCAGAUCCUAUGGCCAGUUUGCUGAAAUUUGCCACUGACAAGAACAUGACGGCUACAAAGUUCCAGUCUAUUUCUUUGGGGCAAGGUCAAGGUCCCAUUGCUGCAAAAAUGAUCUCCACAGCUAUGCAGGAUGGGUCAUGGGUGUGUCUGCAAAAUUGUCACUUGGCUGUUUCCUGGAUGUCCACUCUAGAGAAAAUCUGUGAAGACCUAAACCCAGAAACAUGCCAUCCAGAUUUUAGACUUUGGCUUACAAGCUACCCAUCUGCCAAGUUUCCAGUGACAAUUCUACAAAAUGGUGUUAAAAUGACAAAUGAGCCUCCUACUGGUCUUCGACUAAAUCUGCUCCAAUCUUAUCUGUCAGAUCCUAUAUCUGAUCCAAACUUCUUCAGCAAUUGUUCCAAUAAAGAGAUGAUCUGGGAGAAGCUCUUAUAUGGGCUGUGCUUCUUCCACGCUCUUGUUCAGGAGAGAAAGAAAUUUGGUCCACUAGGUUGGAAUAUUCCAUAUGGUUUCAAUGAGUCUGAUCUGCGCAUAAGCAUUAGACAACUCCAGCUGUUUGUUAAUGAAUAUGAUGAGGUGCCAUUUGAAGCUAUAACCUACUUGACUGGAGAGUGUAACUAUGGAGGCAGAGUGACUGAUGACUGGGACAGACGACUGCUGUUGACCAUUUUAGCAGAUUUUUACAACAAAGACAUCAUCGAGAAACCUCACUAUGCCUUCUCACCUAGUGAAGAUUACUGUGCACCACCUAAGUCUGCUUAUGGAGGAUACAUAGAGUUCAUCAAGGGAUUACCAUUCACCCAACACCCAGAGAUUUUUGGAAUGCAUGAAAAUGUGGAUAUUUCAAAAGAUCUUCAGCAAACAAAACUGUUAUUCGACUCGCUGCUACUUACUGAAGGUGGAGGGGGUAAAGGAGGAAGCAGUUCUGGGAGUGACACUACACUUUAUGACAUUGCUAAUAAUAUUCUUACCAAGCUGCCAAAGAAUUUUGACAUAGAAACGGCUCUUUUGAAAUUCCCUGUUCGCUAUGAGGAGAGCAUGAAUACUGUGUUGGUCCAGGAGAUGGAGCGCUACAACAUGUUGUGCACUACGAUCCGUGUUAGCAUCCAGAACCUGCUCAAAGCCAUCAAGGGGUUAGUCGUGAUGGAUGCUGAGCUGGAGGCAGUGGCUGGCAGUUUAAUAGUGGGGAAAGUGCCAGAAAGGUGGGCCAAGCGCUCCUAUCCCAGUCUCAAACCCUUAGGCAGCUACAUAAAUGACUUUCUUGCAAGGCUGAAGUUUUUGCAAAAAUGGCUUGACACAAAUAAGCCUAAUGUGUUUUGGCUGUCUGGAUUCUUCUUCACUCAAGCUUUUCUCACUGGUGCGAUGCAAAACUAUGCUAGAAAGUACCAUAUCCCUAUUGACUUACUAGGAUUUGAUUUUAAGGUUCUUCCCAUUGUUGAGUCAGACUCAUCACCUGAAGAUGGUGUCUAUAUUCAUGGACUGUUUUUGGAUGGAGCUCGAUGGGACAAAGAUAAUGGCGUUCUGGCUGAACAAUACCCCAAAGACCUUUUUGAUUUGAUGCCAAUUAUCUGGGUCAAACCAACUCAAAAGAAGAACAUCCUUCAGUCUCAAAAACUGUACAUUUGUCCACUGUAUAAAACCAGUGAAAGGAAAGGCACUCUAUCGACAACGGGUCACUCCACUAACUUUGUCAUUACUAUGAUGUUACCAACAAGUAGGAGGCCUCAACACUGGGUUAAACGUGGAGUAGCCAUGCUCUGUCAGCUGGAUGACUAAGAUUACCCAGUCAAA